GAAGAACUAUACCAAAGACGAAAGCCAACAAUUGGAUGUGGCAUCACACCUAGAACCAUAGAAUCAGAGAUUUUAAACCGUUUGUCGAAAGAAGUGGAAUAUCUCCCAGCAUUCACAGAUAAUUGAGUGUUUGAAUUGUUAGGGGAGUGAAAAUAUGAAGAAAAACAGAUUCACACAAAUUCUUGGGAAAAAUGUUAUUUUGGUUCCUUAUAAGGCAGAACAUGUUCCAAAGUACCAUGAAUGGAUGAAAUCUCCAGAACUGCAACUUUUGACUGCUUCUGAGCCUUUAUCCCUUAGUGAAGAAUAUGAAAUGCAGAAGAGUUGGCUAAUGGAUGAAGAUAAAUGCACCUUCAUCAUUCUAGAAAAGUCUGUAUUUGAGAACACUAGAGAUGAAAUUGUUCCUUUGCCUAUAGGUGCUAUGAUAGGAGAUACUAAUCUCUUUCUCUAUGAUUCUGAGGACUGUACACGAUUGGCUGAAGUAGAAAUUAUGAUAGCUGAAAACAAUGUUAGAAGAAAGCGACGUGGAUGGGAAGCAGUGCUACUUAUGUUACGUUAUGGUUGUGAGGAACUAGCUGUAGAAAAAUUCCAGGCAAAGAUAAACCUUGACAAUAACAAAAGUAUAUCAAUGUUUCAGAAAAUAGGAUUUGCAAGAGUCAGUGAGAGUGCAGUAUUUAAAGAAGUAACUCUGGAAAAAUGUGUCGAUGGAAACUGGAAACAUUGGUUGAUGGAACAAACACAAGAAUCAAAAUGUGUUCAAACUGGAGGAUAAUAGGAAUACUUGUAAUAAAAUUAUCCAAGUAACGAGCAAAUGCAUUAUACUUUAUUGCAUGUUUUAAAUGUAUACAUAUAACAACAAAAUAUUUUAAAUGUCACAUUUAUAAUUUGUACACUUGUAUUAGUAAUAAUAAAAUAAUUUUUUUUUUUGGUCUCUCAGUAUUUUAAA